CCAGACCCUUCCAAUGACACCUGGUGGCCCAAUUCCACCACAAGCGACAGUCACCUCCUGAGGGAGAACUACACCUUCCUGGCGUACUACCAGCAUUCCUACCCUGUGGCCCUCAUGUUCAUCCUGGCCUACACCUUCAUCUUUCUCAUGUGCGUGAUUGGCAACAUCCUGGUGUGCUUCGUCGUGGUAAAGAACCGCCAGAUGCGCACGGUCACCAACAUGUUCCUCCUCAACCUGGCUAUCAGUGACCUGCUGGUAGGCAUCUUCUGCAUGCCCACUACCCUGGUGGACAACCUCAUUACAGGCUGGCCAUUUAACAACACCAUGUGCAAAAUGAGUGGCCUGGUACAGGGCAUGUCUGUCUCCGCCUCCGUUUUCACACUGGUGGCCAUCGCCGUGGAGAGGUUUCGCUGCAUCGUCCACCCCUUCCGGCAGAAGCUGACACUGAGGAAGGCCCUACUGACCAUUGUCAUCAUCUGGGUGCUGGCCCUGCUCAUCAUGUGCCCUGCUGCUGUCACCCUGACUGUAACCAGAGAGGAGCACCACUUCAUGGUGGACACCUACAACAACUCCUACCCUCUCUACUCCUGUUGGGAGGCCUGGCCUGAGACAGGGAUGAGGAGGAUCUACACCACCGUACUCUUCUCCCACAUCUAUGUGGCUCCCCUUGCCCUCAUCAUCAUCAUGUACACUCGCAUUGCCUUCAAGCUCUUCAAGUCAGUGGCACCUGCACACAGCCGAGAAGAGCCGGAGGGGAGGAAGGUCUCCCGGAGGAAGGCCAAGGUCAUCAACAUGCUCAUCAUCGUUGCCCUCUUCUUCACACUGUCCUGGCUGCCCCUGUGGACGCUGAUGCUGCUGACAGACUAUGGGCGGCUAAGCGAGGGGCAGCUCCGCCUGCUCGCUGUCUACAUCUACCCCUUCGCCCACUGGCUGGCCUUCUUCAACAGCAGUGCCAACCCCAUCAUCUAUGGCUACUUCAAUGAGAACUUCCGACGGGGCUUCCAGGAGGUCUUCAGGGCCCCUAUCUGCUCACUCCGCUGCCAUCACCACCAUGGACCGUACCCCCCCAGGAGCCAUGGCCACGGGACCCUCUUUGGCACUCGCAACCGCGUCUUCACACAGGCACAACCCAGCGACUCUCCCCCCGUGUCCGAGUCAGGGCCAUUGGCCCCGCGCCGUGCUGGUAUCCCUGCGUGGGAUGGUUGA